AUGAAGUACCAGGGUCUUGCUAUUCUUUUCGGCGCCGCCGCAACUGCUUCUGCGAAGCAUCUGGGUGAGCGUCAUGGCCACAGCCAAUGCCCCAAGGGCUAUACUGCCUCUGUGUAUACCAGCUACAGCACUAUCUACUUGGACUCUACCUCUCCCACUGCCACCCAGGCUGUCGCUGCCGCAGAGCUCACCACUACCCCGUCGCCGAUGGUGGUCGUUGAGGCUUCCACUUUGACCUCGACCGGUGACGCAUAUGAGUCUGCUCCGACAUCAUCUGCUGCUUGGGACAGCGCGGUGACUUCAUCCGCUGCUGGAAUCAAGGCCGUUAUCACCUCUACUGAGGACGCUCCGGAGCCCACCGUUGCUGUCGUGGCUGAGAUGUCCACCGAAACUGUGGUUGUUCCAGCUGCCACCUCGUCUGCCUCGUCAUCCACUUCUGCUGCGCAAGUCGCGGCUGUCAACACCUCUCCUGCCUCGUCUUCGACUACUGCUCCGGCCUCUGCUGCCAGCACCACUUCUGCCUCUUCAGCUUCGUCUUCUUCAUCUGCUCCAUCGUCCUCGGACUCGAACUCUGCUUCUUCCUCGCCUGCUGCCAACACUCACCAGGUUACCUCCGCCGGCUCUUCCUCUGGCAAGGCUACCUUCUACGGUGGUAACCUCUCCGGUGGUACUUGCUCUUUCACCGGCUACACCUUGCCCCAGGGCAUGUUCGGUACUGCCUUCUCCGGUGCUGAGUGGAACAAUGCCGCCGAGUGCGGUGCCUGUGUUGCCGUCACUGGACCUAACGGUAAAACCAUCAAGGCUAUGAUCGUCGACAAAUGCCCCGAAUGCGAAGCCGGCCACUUCGACCUCUUCCAAAACGCCUUCGCCGAGCUCUCCGCUCUCUCUGCCGGUAUCAUCCCCAUCAGCUGGGAAUACACCCCCUGCGACCUCUCCGGCCCGCUCUCCCUCAAGAACAAGGUCGGCACUUCCAAGUACUGGUUCUCAAUGCAGGUCGUCAAUGCCAACGAGCCCGUUACCAAGCUUGAGGUCAGCACCGACGGCGGCAACUCGUGGAAGAGCACCACCCGCACCGAUUACAACUACUUUGAGCAGUCUUCGGGCUUUGGUGUCGAUUCAUUCGAUGUCCGCGUGACGGGCCAGUCGGGAACUACAGUCGUGGUGAAGAAUGUCGGUCCUACCGCCGAGUCCGUGUACAAGGCUUCUGCCAAUCUGUAA